UCUGCAAAGCCGGCUUCAGAUGAAUCACGCUGCCUUAAAAUCCUUGCGUCUUUGGAGGAGCCGAGCAAGGCUGCCAUCCCAAACCUUAUUGAUUACGACGCAGUAUACGAAUCUGUCAAGGAGGACUCGAACAAUGCUUUGAAUACAUGUUUGCUGCAGGAGAUUCAGCGGUAUAAUUUGUUGCUUCGAAAGAUUCAUGCGCAGAAGAGUGAGCUUCGGCGUGCGGUGAAGGGAGAGGUGGUUAUGAGUGAUGAGCUUGAAAUGGUGUUUAAUGCUCUCUUGCUGGGUCGUGUCCCACCACCGUGGACAAGCGCGUAUCCAAGUGUGAAGCCACUUGCGAGUUGGUCUGUCGACCUUGUGGAGCGCAUAGAUCAGAUGAAACAGUGGGGACAACGUACGCCAAAUGUAUUUUGGCUCUCCGGAUUUACAUAUCCGACCGGCUUCUUGAAGAGUUUGCAACAGCAGCAGGCUCGGCACGAUCAUAUCUCUAUUGACCAGUACACAUGGGAGUUUAUUGUCCACCCUAGUGAUGAGCGCACUGUUGUGCACCGUGCCAAGAAGGGGGCAUAUGUUAGGGGCAUCUACCUCGAGGGCGCGGGGUGGAAUGCAGAAAUGAAUACACUUUGUGAGCCGCGCCCGCUGGAACUCAUUGUGCCCAUGCCGAUCAUCCAUUUUAAGCCAAAGUUGCGGGACGGCAAGCCGCGUUCCUCAUCGAUAUACGAGUGCCCAUUGUACAUGUACCCUAUCCGCACCGGUACGCGCGAGCGACCAUCGUUUGUCGUGGCAGUCGACCUUCCUUCCGGCGAGGCAGUGCCCGACCAUUACACGAAGCGGGGCACGGCGUUACUGCUCUCCACGGAUGAGUAA